CAGACGGGAGGUUCCUGACAGAUAGUAUCAGCAGUGUCAACAGACUGUUUCCAGAUGACAAAGAUCAGCAUAUAAGAACAGAAGAGAGAGGAAUCAUGUUUGAGAACUUCAGAGAAAGACUUCACAUGGUGCAGCAGGAUUUCACCACCGGCUUCAAGACCCUUGGAGACAAAUCCAGAGACACCAAAAUCCGGAGGAGACCCAGGUUUGAAGAGAGCUUUCCUCAUUUCACUGCUGGACUGGACAUCCUCAGCAGGUAUGAGGAGAGCUGGUUUCUGCUCCAUAAAAGAACUAAAGACUGCGCUCAGGCUGCAGAGGCAGUAGAUGGGGACAUAGUGAUGCUCUCAGCACAUUGGGAGAGAAGGAGAACAGCUCUAACUCAGCUCCAGGAACAGCUGCAGAGCUUGCCGUCCUUCAUCAGUGAGCUUGAUGCCAUCACUGCUAACAUCGCUUAUUUGGAAGGUGACUUUGAGGAGAUGGAGAGCAGACUGGUGUACCUGGAGACUCUGUGCUGUCAGUGUGAACAACAGACAUUCAAACAACAUCAUAACAACCAACUAGAAGUCUACAAGAAGAAGAAGAGGAGGGAGCUGGAGGUGAUGGAAGUGGAACUGCACUCUGAACAUGCUCAAAAGGUGGCAGAGCUGGAGCAGGCCAUGCAGCAGAAACUGAGAGAACGACAGAAAGUCUAUGAAGAGGCCUUUAAUCAAGACGUGGAGCAGUACCUGUCCACUGGACACCUGCAGCACAGAGAGCCAACAGGAGCUGAUGUGCGUGUUCUGGAUCAGAUGAUAGUGACUAACAUGUCAGACCAGCAGGCCUUAGAUGACUUCCUGAACUCCAGUGGUGACGACAUCAGUACUGGAUCAUCACUGACCUCAGGUCCUGACCUUGAGUCCUGCUCUUCUGAAUCUUCAAGAAGUCAGAUGAACCCUCCCACAAACACCCACGUGUCCACUGAGGAGACAGCGUGGGACCAAGAGGAGGACGCAGCCAGUGAGGAGAGUGGCGAGCCUUUGGUGCAGUCAGAUGAAGAGGACGUUCAGCCAGAUAUGUCACUGAUUGGCCUACAGGAUGUUGGCACAGUGAGGGGCUCUGAUGACAGUGACCCCACAGGGGAUCUGCCCUCUGGGUAACCUAGCAACCAGGCCCCUCAAACUUUCUUCAAACACUGAGUUAACACUAACUCCUGGUGCCCUUCUGGUGCCAUCUGCUUUAACUGGACACAGUUCCCAUCUGUAACCAACAUGAGCCAACAGUGCUUCUGUACUCUGACGGCUGGGCUCAAAAACUGCUUUUCAGUUUUAUCAUGAAAACAUUAACACAAAUAAAUGUUCAUAAAGUGUCAGUCAGUUAUGCUACCUGACUGAGACAUUGUCGAUUCAUUGUUGAUUAAUAAAAACCUUCUUGAUGCAUCAAGAUAAAUCAAAGCAAUAGAGUAAGCACUUGACUUGUGUCCUUUGAUAUAAAGACUCUUAGUCUUAGUUACCUUAUUUAAUUGUGAUUGUCUUCAAGGUAUAGAUAUAUAUUGUACCUUGUAUUUCCUGCAUUCUGUCUUUGAAACAGCUGCAGGGACUGAGCCUGUACCAUAGAUGGAGCAGCUGGUACCAAUGUGUACCCCUUUCAGUGGGGCGGUCUUAAUGUACUGGUCUUGUCUUGUGGCCUUUAUGACCCUGUUUAACAUGUUGAUCUCACAAUAAAGUCGAUCACUAUCACUCUAAA